UCUAUCCAGUGUUGUUGUUGUGAUUCUCUUGUCAUUAUUUUGCAAUCAAUUCUAGAAAUAAUUUGCACUCGAGAAAAACUCCAAAAAUAAGCGAUGCAGCGACAGAUGAUAAAUAUCCUGGGACAGACGACGCGUCGUUUGGUCAGUGGGCAGUCCGUGCGCCCAUUGUCAGUUUCCUCGCGGCGCCAGGAGAUCUUCAAAGUGCAAAGUGCCGAGGAUUUCGACAAGAAAGUGAAGAACAGCCAGCAGCCCGUGAUUGUGGACUUUUUUGCAACAUGGUGCAAUCCCUGCAAGCUGCUGACCCCCCGAAUCGAGGGAAUUGUGGGCGAACAGGCGGGCAACAUUAAAUUGGCCAAAGUGGACAUAGAUGAGCACAGCGAAUUGGCUUUGGAUUACGAUGUGGCCGCCGUUCCCGUCCUCGUCGUCCUGCAAAAUGGCAAGGAGGUGCAGCGGAUGGUGGGCCUCCAGGAUGAGGACAAAAUCCGCGCCUGGGUGGCCGCCGCUGUAAAGCAGGCCAAGUAAUCCCAGAAAUUACCCCCCAAAAAAACAAAAUAUAAAGCCAAGCUUUAAGUUACAAUUCGGACUUUCGAAAUAAAUGUUUAUUUACCCGUUGAAACAACAAA